ACGAAGUGCUCCAAUCCCAAAACGACUCGACGGACACGGAGCUGCUAGUGGAGCCUUCCCCUCCGGAGCCGUACUACCUGGGCGACCUCAUCUCGGGGACCUACUGCUCGCGGAUCUUCAACGACUGCAACACGAAGAACUGCCGGCUGCAGUCGCCCAACUGGCCGGGCCUCUACCCGAGGAACCUCACCUGCUACUACGCCGUCCGCCAGCACGACGUCCCGCCCGGGAAGCACGCCCUCAUCGUCGUCCGACAACCCCGCGGCCAGCUCGUCUCCAUCCGCUCCCAGUCCGACCUCUACGCCCGCAACACCAACAACCACAAAAAACUCAAGGUGUGGUCCGAGUGUGACGACGUGCAGGACUACGUGACGGUCUACGACGGGUACACGACGCGGGACCCGGUGCUCCUCAAGUUCUGCGGCGAGGGAUCCGUCGUCCCGGAGGCCGUCUCCAGCGGACCAGAACUCCUCGUCGAGUUCUCCACCUCCCCCUACGGCACCCUCCUCUACCCCCCGCCCCAGCAGCCCCUCCACGGCUUCCAACUACAAGUUCAGGUUCAUUUUGUGGAGCAAGAAUCUUCGAAAUACACGAGAAAUAAACGGUGUGAGUUUUGGAUUCGUGGGUCUGGAAAAGGGGUCCUCGAGAGUCCUCGCCAUUCUUUGUCUCCCAACACCACUUGCCUUUAUCAUCUCAUUGGGGAAGACACAGGAUCGCUCCCUCCUCGCUACCAAGAGCUCAUGCCCCGCCGUCACCGGGUGUCACGCUUCAAGGUCUGGCUCUCCGUGCUCAAGUUCCACCUGACGUCACCCGGUCCACACCCGACGACCCACGCCACGCAGCAGCCGCUCGUCGACUGCAGUGCCCGCCUCCAGAUCUGGGACGGCAACGUCCAAUCCUCACCCUCCUGCAACGAUAUUUUCUGUGAUAAAGAACUGAGUCACGGUGCCAUCGUCUACGCUGGAGGUCAGAAUCUGACGUUAUUAGCAAGAUACUGCAAGGACAGUAUCCCCCGAUCUUGCGACCAUUCAAUCCUACGAAAUCACUCGAGGCCUUGUUCACGGGCGGAAAGCUUCUUGUCGUCCGCUGACACCCUUACGCUUGACUUCAAAGUCGCUGAAUCUACAUCACUCAGGCCUGUCUCGUUCAGAGCUUUGUACGAGUUCGUGGAUUUGCACCAAGAUGGUGAUCCCUGGGGUUCAGGACCCUGCUCGCGGCGGUUUCAGAGUAAGACCCAACAGUUACAACCACAGCAGCCACACAAGUUUCGCUCGCCACGAAAUGUCUUCCUUUUCGGGAGAGGAGGCGCUACAAAUCUCAGCUGCGUGUUCCGCUUCGAGGGCCAGAAGGGCGAGAAGGUGCGGAUCACUCUGCUGCAAGUGGCGACGGGGAACCGGUCGGACUGCGCGACGCGGCUGAACCCGGACAGCGGGCACCUGCAGUGCAUCGGCGGGGCGUCGGCGACGGUGCGGCUCUCGGAGCACCCGUUCGCGCACUCGCCGCCCCUCCCGCGGGACUGCCUCUGCUCCGGCGCCGACGCCCACCUCCCGCUCGUCUUCGAGAGCAGCAGCCACGUCGUCCACGUUGAGCUCCGCGCCGACCGCAUGUCCGCCGGCGACGACUACCGCGGCAUCCACUUCGAGGGCACCUACGAGUUCCUCCGCCCGCCCGUCUGCACCCGCCCGCACAGGUUCCUCGGCUCCAGCGGACAGAUCCACUUCCAGGCACCUCAUCGCACCCCCGAAGAGGUGAAUUGCGAGAAGCAGCCGAUCCUGCUGGAGGCGAAGCGGGACAAGCAUCUGUUCAUCAAGAUGACGGGGAUGGUUCUGCCGGGGAGCGAUCAGGUGGAGCCGGUCAACAGGAGCCUGGCCGAGUGCGACACGAAAAACCGCAUCGUCAUCCACAGCGGCCCGCAGCUCCACACCCUCGUCUGCCCCGACCCGCCCUCCCACGAGACAGUCGAGGUUUUUUCUCAAGGCUGGGUCAUCAGUAAUCAGCUCCAUCAGAACCCGGAACAUUGGAUAAAACACUCAGAGCAGAACACAUCAUCCAGCGUUGUCCUGGAAUUCAUCAGUAAAGAAUCGGGCUCGUACCACGUAUCAUGGCUCGAAAUUGCCCGAAGGAAGCCGUCAAGCCCACUGGCGGAGAAGGACCAGCUAAUCAGCGAGUGCCUGCACCGGUGCCCGGAGAUCGACGCGUGCAUCAACUCCUCGCUGUGGUGCGACGGUGUGGACCACUGCCCGUCCGGCUACGACGAGUCGCUCACCCACUGCUUCUACCUCUUCAAGCUGCCGGCCCUCUACCUCCUCAUCAUCGGCGUCGGAGUUCUCCUCUGCUGCUGCUUCGUCUGCAUCCUCCACGCCUUCGUCGCCAAGAACUCGGAGAGCAAGCUCAAGUCCCUGCCCUCCGACACGGAGGCCAUCAUGAACCAUAAGGAGCUCAUCAGCUGACAUACGGACUCGCUCGUGAGAUACGUCGAGGUCGACCGCGUCACCACUGUGUGAGGUGUUCACGAGCGAUUUUUCACCUUUUUUCUUAGUUUCUUUUUUUUUACACAACUAGGAGUGCUGAAGGAUUUAAGUACACUGAAAAAAAAUAUCGGUGUAUUCACUAU